AUGAAACUUUUCAAGCCAUUACAAGUCUGUAGUUUCAUAUUUGGAAUUUUUCCUUGUAUUGAACAUAAUAAUCGGUUUCGUUUUCAUUGGAUUGGUAUGGUUAUCAAAUUUGUAUCCGCUGUUCUUAUCAUUAUAAUGUCCAAAAUUAUGUGGGCAAAUAUGCACGAACAUUUUCAAAAAGGCAGGACCACGCUGUACACAUACCAUGUAUUAUCUAUUCAAGAAUUAUAUCCUCAUAUGGUAACCACCACAAUUAUUGCUAAUAUUGUUUGUCAACUACAUUUUAUAAGACCAGGCGUUUAUCGUAUUAUUAAUGAUUGUUUCUUCAGUAUCUCAUGUGACAUUUCAGGUAUUUCACAAUAUUUGACUGCAUUUACUGUUGCCAUGAGCGUCAUUAUAGAAAUUGCAUUGUACAUCACAAUAAUUAUACAAUGGUUCUCUGUUGAUGAGAUAAUUACCUGGCUUUUUUUGCCUGUGUCAAAUAUAUUGUGUUUUACAACGGAACAGUUUUAUUACAUUUUGUGUUUUAUUACAUACAUUCGUCUUAAAAAAGUAAACCAAGAUAUUAAGACUUUAGUUAACAAGGCAAGAGUGCCUCGUUGGAAAUAUUGGGUCUCUCCGGCCGCUGGAGGUCAUACAAGUAUUGGUAUACCUGCAUUCAGUGAACCCGAUAUAGAAAACAUACGAAUUGUCCACCGAUCUUGUAUGAUGAUGUAUAGACAUUACAACUCUAUGUUUCAAAUACCAAUAAUGAUGUGCUUACUGGAUUGUAGUUUCCGAACAUUAUUAACAGUUUAUGGAUUUAUGUUUGAAAUUACAAUUGUGUUAUGGGAACAUAAGAAUAUGAUCCAAGUUUUCAAAACAUUCAAUUAUGCAGCUUAUUCUGUAACACGGUUAAUACGUAUUUGGUAUUUAUGUAGAUGUGAGAAUUUUAUAAUGAAUAAGGUACAA